AUGAACCACUUCCCUGAAGCUUGGGGCCGCCCCAGGAACGAUGUCUACGGUGCCUACGAUCACUCAUAUCUGCAGACCUCAGGUCCCAAGGCCCAUACCUCAUCCCCUGCAGUGACAGGAACGUCAGUGGUGGGCGUCAAGUUUAAUGGCGGAGUCGCUAUAGCUACCGACAACCUGGCCUCCUACGGAUCCCUGGCUCGUUUCUCCGACGUGAAGCGUCUGCGUAAUUUCGGCGAUAAGGCAAUGGUUGGCUUUGGCGGUGACGUUUCCGACAUGCAAUAUCUCGACCGUCUCCUGAGACUCCAUGGAUAUCAAGGAGAACUACUCGCCUCACGGCAACAUGCUCAACGCCAAGAACCUGCACACGUUUUCUACAAACGACGCUCCGAGUUCAACCCGCUGUGGAACCACGUCCUUGUCGCAGGCUUCGAUGGGCAAGGGGAGCCCUUCCUUAGCUCGGCAGAUUUGCUCGGAACAACAUUCUCUGCUCCUCAUCUCGCUACGGGCUUCGGUGCUCAUCUUGCGGUUCCGAUCCUGCGCCGCAAGUUCCCCGAGGGUACUCCCCUUGAGCAAGUCAGCAAGGAAGAGGCCGUCGAGGCCUUGAAGGAGUGCUUGAAGGUUCUGUUCUACCGCGAUGCACGAAGUUCCGACAAGUACUCGAUAGCCGUGAUUACGAAGGAUGGUAUUGACCUGAAGGAGGAUGAGCAGAUUCAGGGUCAGAGCUGGGCCUUUGCCGAGAGAAUCAGGGGAUACGGCGCCCAGACUGCUUAG